AACGCGCUACUCUAAAUUUACUGCGUAACAUUUACUUUGUAAGUUAAAACUGUAUUUACAACACCGGUUACAUAAAAGUUUAUUAUCAGAUUCAUAUGAAUGAUUUGAUCACUCUCAUGACAACAAUGAUAACCUAAUUAGGGCUCUUGUGACUUUUGUAAAUGCGGUUUUGACGAAGGCCUAUUUUUACAUUAUGCAUGUUACAAUUUUACCAGUUGUAUGACCUUGAUGUUGACAAAGAGUUGUCCAAUCACAGCCUGGGAGAUCUUCUAACGUGUUUGCGUCAGACUUGUCCUCGGUGUUUGAGAUCUUAUCAUAUUUCCACUACAAAAGGUGCCACGUUUCUUAUGUGGUGUUAUAUCAUGUUUUGUCACUUGUCCUUGAUUUAAAAUGUGUGUGCUCGUAUUCGAGCAUCAAAAGCUUCUUUGCUAACUUUUAACUUGGUUUGCUUCUUUUAAAGUUGAUGUUUUUAAUCAGUUUUGUGGUUAGUUGUACAACAUUUUUGUCACUUUUCCAAGCAAUCUUCUAAUUAUGUAGUUUUUGCUAGAUGUGGGUUUCUAUAAACACCUAGGUGUUCACAGCCGUGUAAUUGUCAACCUUAUACCGGUAUAGGGAUUAAAAUCCCUCCUCACCGGUGAGAUGUUAUAUGUUUGUCAUGUGGCUUCAUAUCCUGUUUACCUACUCUCUAAGUGAUUCAUAUAAAUGUAAUUCCCACCCUUUAGCGUAAAAGAAAUGACUCAACUACUCACAGUUACAUGAGCUGCGUGAAAAAUCCGAAGCAUGUCCUAGUUCAGGCUCUAAAAUUUCUGACAAGCAACCAUACGACUAAAAAACCUUUGGCAAUUGUAAUUUCGUAGAUAGCUGUGAUUCUGAGUUUAUGUAUUGCCCUAAACACUUGAUCUUUGCACUUGAGAAUCUUGGUCAUACAUUUUCCUUUAGCCAUGCUAUGUUGAAAGCCUUCAUAACCGAUAAGAAUUACAACCCUACUAGUGUUCACUUCCAAUCGCAACCAUUCGUACACUUAACUAGUGCAUACAAAAAACUCGUAACCCUACUCCGUCACCAUUGCAUAUGUUUAUCCACACAUUAAGAUCAUUAACAAACAUCAAAUUAGAUUAUUUUGUAAAUUAGAGUAAACGGAGACCUUGAAUCAUAUCUUGAGGUACUUGACUCAUACCUGGAUCCCAUGAAGAUAGAUUGCCAUAUAUCCCUACCUUUUGGUUUGCACGACUAAUGAACUGUUUCAUAUACUAUUUGGUCUUUUGUUUGGUUCCAAAACUGCAAAUGCACCUGCAUAUUCUCUAGUUGAUAUCUUUAAUCAGUAUGUAAACAGGUGUACUUAUAUCUUCAUCUGCAACCCACUUAAUUGGGAUACGAUUUAUAAAACAAGAGCGGCUCAUUGUAGAAGUUCGUUGUCUUCCGGCUAAAGGAUCAUCUUUCACAGCCUCGGUCUGGGCACCCGGGCAGUAUCACAGCCCUCACACAAAGUGUGGCGCACAUAUAUUUGGUGUCCUCUUGUACCAAUAUUUAUGUGUUCAAAUAAAUUUCACAGCACAAAUAAUCUUUUCCAGUGCUUCAACAUAUUUACUAGUAAGAUGAGCUAGUCGGUGACUACUUGCCGAAUUCAUAUAUCCAAUUCGAAGGAUAGAUUGAUGAUUUUGGCCCCCUAGCUGUUUGGAAAUUUUGAUUGACUUAGUAAUAUUUUAAAUAUCAUCAUCAUUGCUACAGUAAAACGUGUUAGAGUUUGUAUCAUUCAUCUAAACCACGACCUGAUAGGUUCAAUAUAUUAAAUGAUUUGUCACUGUUAUUUGAACGUGAAUAUCUGAGAUACUAGGUGGGUUCACGUAAAGUUACCUAUGGUGUCAACAGAAUCAAGUAUUUUUAAAAAAUCAUGUUGGUUUAAUUCCACCAUAAUUUUGUCGUCUUAUAGUUGCUUAUGUGUGGUAUUUAGAGGCUACUGUAAUUGUAUAUAAACUUUUGAUUAACAUCUCAUUUGGGUAGCCUCAAGUAUCCAGUCAUUUACUUUUUUCCGUUAAGGAUUUUCGGAUCGUUGAUCGUCGUAAUAACUAUUAUAUUUGAUAGUAUUUGCCUGUCCAGUCAUUUUAUCUCGUUUUUUAUUUACCUUAUGUAUAUCAUAGGCUCAUCGACUUUUGGAAAGCAGUGAAAUAUUGAUCUAUAUUGGUACUGAUUAAAUCCUUACAUGGAUGUAAUUUUCGAAAGUUCACGUAUUGCAAAAAAUGUUUCGUUCACAACUUAUUGCCGUCUAUUAGAAAAGCUAGCAUCAAGUGAUGGGGUCAAGACGAAAGAAAAAAUUUUGUCCAAAUUUAUAAUUUUAUGGGAAACCCAGUAUCUUGCAUUAGACUCAAUAAGUCAGUACCCGUGUGGUGGUCGAGCUAGUCUUUAUUUACUCUUACGUUUGUUGAUUCCUUCUCAUGAUAGAUCAAGGAAAGCUUUCGGAUUACGUGAACAAACACUAUCAAGACUAAUAAUUAAAGCUAUUGGGCUUGCCCCAAACAGUCUGGCUGCUCGUAAACUUUCACAUAUUCAUCCUAAUACUAUCCAUCGACAGACUGAUUUUGCCGACGUAGCAUAUACAGUGCUCAAAGCUCGAUGUCGCGAGGACAGUGUUUUGUCUGUCAAGGAUCUGAAUGCUCAUUUAGAUGACCUGACUACUGCUGAAUCAUAUCAGAUGCGUUUACAAGUAUUGCGAUCGUUGUUACAGUUAACUACAGCUUUAGAACAAAAAUGGAUUAUACGUCUUAUUGUUAAACGCGAUUCUGGUUGUGGCCUAAGCGGGAAGAGUAUUCUCAAAUGCUUUCAUCCAGCUGCGGUCUCUGUUUUCGAAGUCACACAAGAUCUUCUCCCACUAUGUGAACGAAUUGCAAAUAUAACUACUUCCAACAUAUCCACGUUGACAGGAUUUGCUGACGAUCUAAGCAAGUCACUCAAUGUCACUCUUUUUGUCCCAUUUCGUCCCAUGUUAUGCGAGCGGGCUAAUAGUGGUGAUAUGCUAGUUAACGCAGCACUACAUUUGUACGGUAAACAGAACCAAGGUGAUACUAAAGGAUUAAAACUUCUUUUCGAAACGAAAUUCGAUGGAGAACGCGUUCAACUUCAUAAAUCAAGUAAUUCUUAUCGAUAUUGGUCAAGAAAUGGUUUAGAAUGGACAGCAAGCUACGGUGAAGAUGGUACUCGAGAUUUUGACAGAUUAUCUGCUCAAUUACAUUGUGGAUUUGCACAGCAUGUAACUGAUUGCAUACUAGAUGGAGAAAUGAUGAUAUUUAGUAAUUGGUCAAAGUCAAUUAUGUCAAAAUCAACAAAAUUCGAUGUAAAACGAAGUUCUUAUCAAAAUCCAGAAAUCGAUAAUUAUCAACCGUGUUUCAUUGUUUUCGAUAUACUUUAUUUGAAUUCACAAUUAUUAACUUCAAAGUCUUUACUGGAGCGUAAACAUCUUCUAUCAGAGGCAUUUAAUUUGAAUUCCAUAUCAUUGGAUACUGACUUGUUUAUGAAUAGUGAUGAAUCAUUAGAUUUCAAACCAAUCCCUAUUAUAGAUGGUAUUAUAUACGUUUCCAAAUGGUAUACUGCCUCAGCACGUCAAACAGAAGUUGCAAGAGCUUUUAAUCAUCUUGUGAAUGAUCAUCAAGAGGGUCUUAUAGUGAAAAUAGCUGAUUCUCCAUCUCCUUAUCUACCUGGUAUUAGAACUGAUGGUGGCUGGUGGAAAAUUAAACCAGAUUAUAUACAGGGCUUAUUAGAAGACUUAGAUUGUAUAAUUGUCGGUGGUUAUUUUCAUCAUCGUGGGAAUAAGAUAAUAACAAGAGUUAACCAUUUUUUAUGUGCUGUUCGGGGUGAUGAAUCUACUUCAGAAGAUAAUUUCAAUAUAACACGGUUUUAUACAUUUUGCAAGGUUAAAUCUGGGCUAACAGUUAAACAAUUGAAAGAAAUCAACCAGUUGUUAGGAAAGCAUUGGAAGGUGUACGAUAAAAAACAUCCUAACUCUAGUUCUACUGAAUGGUUGUGUGUGAAUUCUGAACGCCCAGAUGUAUGGAUAGCUCCACAAUCAUCGCUUGUUUUACAGCUUCAUGGAGCUGAGUUAAUCCAGAGUGAUUCAUAUUCUUGUGGAAUGACUCUUCGAUUUCCUCGUGUGGUGGCUAUACGUUAUGAUAAAAAUUGGUGUGAUUCUUUGUCAAUGAGUGAAUUAAUUAAGCUAAAUACUGAGACAGAGGGUAAAUUAGCCACAAAGCGAUUGUCAAUCGUGCCAACAUUUUCUGGACUUGCAGAUGUUCAACAUCAACACUCCUUUCCAGAUAUCAGUAAUUUGAAUAAUAGUUGUUCAAACACAAAUCAAAGUAGUGGGUAUCAUACAUUAAAUGAAACCACAGAACAACAGACAACUGAAUUAUCUUUAAAUAUUGAUGAACCUUUAGCAACAUCUUCACCUAAUAAACGUAAAAUUGAUAUUUAUCAUGAACAUUUAAAUUAUUUUGGAAAUCAUGAAAUAUGCCUUUGGUUAUCAAAUGAUAUUGAAUUGAAUAAAAAAAUAGAAUAUGAAACUAUUAUUCGUCACUAUGGUGGUGUUGUUGUACAAAAUCCAUCUGAAAGUACUUUUUGUAUUGUUGUUGAUAAACUUACAUUAAAGACAAAAAAUUUGCUAAACUAUUCCAGUAUUUCAAAAAAACGCUCUUCAUCUAUUGAAUACAAUGUAGUUCACUUGAACUGGUUACUUGCUUGUAUCAAUAAGAAAUCUCUGUUAGCAUGGAAACCAAAAGAUAUGUUUGCAAUGAAUUCAUCUGUCGCUGCUAAAAUGGCUCAAGAAUAUGACAAAUUUGGUGAUAGUUAUAGUGAACCUAUUACAUCUGAUGAAUUGAAAUUAAUCUUUAAUGAUAUUUCAUGCUUUGAAUCAGUUACAGAAGAGAAGAGGGAUAUACCAAAGUUAACAGUUCCAAAACUCAGUCAUUAUUCAAAGUUAAAACUUUUAUUAGACGAAUUUCCAAAUGAUAUGGAAGUGUUACAUCCUUUGACGGGUUAUAUUCUAGUACUUAUACGUCCAUUGUUCAGUUUAGAAAAUGAUGAAAAGAAGACUGUACUGACUAGUUUGGAAAUCCAUCAACAAUUAAUGAUUAUUGAUCUACGUAGACUUGGUUCAAUGUGUAUAGGACCUAUUGGUAUUUAUAAACUGGAGUCUGUAUCUAAUGUUCAGUCUUUGUUGAAUAUGGCCUAUCAUAAUUUGUUAUCUGUCGAUUCACAUACGAAUGAUUGUAUGCGAUCAUUAAGUAAUAAUUGUAUCAAUCCAACGCAUGUUGUAGUGUUAUUAUCUUCCCAAGAAAAAGAGUUUAAUAUUUGGUUAAACGAGAAUUAUUCAACAUUAAACUCUUGGAUUCGUCAAUUUCCUCGUAUACCACAUUUCGUCAGAGAUAGUUGGUUAACUGAAUGCAUUAUGCAAAGCAAUUGGUGUUCAGAAUUGAAUCAUUUGAUUGAAAUGAAUUAAAUUCACCAUUCUUUCAUGUUGUUCAUUCAGUUUUCGAAGUGAAACGGUAGUUUACUGGCUAGACCACUUGUCUUCCAUCCGAAUAGGUCACAAACUCAAACUUCACCUCACCCUUACUUCGAUUUGUGCAGGCAUGUAGUAACACUAAUCCUUAUAUAAAUUAUAUGGGACUCAAGGCUGGAGAGUAUAUCAACUUGUACAUGAUAAAUGAGCUCUACUGUUAUCUUUACUGUAUAUUAUUAUUUAUUUUGAUUGCAAUACCCCGUAAAGAAAAAAAAGAUCAAAUACUUCACAUAAUCUACAGUUGAAUGUUUUUAUUCAUAAUGUCAAUAUUCUUUUCUUCAAACUUAUUUAUCUUUGAAAACUCUAUUUCUCCACUUCUAUGAAUUGAUCAUUAUUAAUCAUCAUUAUUUGUGCAACUAAUUUCUAAUUUUCUUUUUUUCAUUAUUUUUUAAACAUGAUACCAGUUUAUUUUUGUAUAAUUUUGUUUUAUCAAUCUGUGAUUGGAAAAAAUAAAACGUUAUGUUUUCUCUGA